AUGGAGUAUAAAAAUAAUGGCCAUGAGUUACAGGCUACUGUCUAUAAAACCCUAUUCAUCCAGACGUUUAGAUCAAUUGCGCGAACGUUGGGUGAAGCGUUAACCAACAAGGAAUUAAGUCAAAUUGUUUGCCAAGCUAUCAGAUUGCUCAUUCAAACAAGCUGUAAAAACGUGAAAAUAAAGAAUCAUCAUGCCUGUACGUUACUGAAACUAUUGGAGUUUAUUUACUUUUGGCCAGCAAAGAGGCGAUCUCUUCUCGACUUAGCUGCUAUGAUGAUUAAAGUGCUUGAUACAGCUGCAAUCAACAAUCUGUAUGGCUGCAUUAUUCACUAUCUAAAGGCAAUAUGGUGUACCAAGGAAGUCUCUACGAAAGCUAGACAUUCCGCUUAUGCAUUAAUUGUAGAAAUGGGGAGAGCUAUAAAUCGGCUGACUAAUGGCAGUGAAAAAGAAAUAGUUCCUAGACCGUUGAUUGGUAACUUAGUUAAUACUAUAAUAAUAGUCUUACAAUCAAAAUCACGGGAGUUAAUAGUCGUUGCCUUCCCUCGCGAUGUGGUAAUGCCAUAUUUGGGAAUGAUUAUUCAAGCUAUAGCUGAUUGGAGUUCGGAUAUAAAGCGUCACUUUAGAUUCAAAACGAAAAUCUUAUUUCAGCGUAUGAUUACAAAAUUCAGUUACGACAUUAUCACUAAGCUGGCCCCUGAAAACUGUCAAAAAGUACUUAACAACAUAAAGAAAGCGUGUAAUCGAGCGAAAAGAAAAAAAUUGCAUUCAAGAAAUAAGAACAAUCCUAAGGAAUGCAAACUGAACGUUAAGAGUACCUCAAUUCAAAGUUUUGAAGAUUUAUUGAAUGAUUCGGAAGAUGACGACGUCAACGAUACCAAGACAGAAAAGAGGGCUAGGACAAAAAAUAAGCUGAACGUGAAAGGAAAGGCUGCAUGGAUAAACGAAAGUGAAUACGAAGGGCCAAUUGAUUUUCUAGAUGCAUCUGUAAACCAGAAGAUAUUAGUCACAGACCCUAAGUCGUUUAUCAAGGAAGAUCACCUAUAUCCAUCCAAAAAGAAAUUUAAAAGGAUUCCCAAGCGGAAAAGGUUGGCUGAUAUCGCUAGCGUUACAAUAGAUGCCAAUAAUGACCGUAAGAGUGAAGUNUCAUUUAGGUACGAUACAACCAGCGACCCUUUCAAUAAAAAAAUAAAGAAAAAUAACCCUUCAAUUGGCAUAGGAUACAGAUCAAAGAAGGCGCGAGGCGAUAUGAUGUCAGCGAACAGAUACGAGCCCUAUGCGUAUAUACCAAUGAAUAAGCAGAAUCUGAACAAAAGAAAACGAUUAAAGCUAGCCGGGCAAUACCGUGGAAUUGUACGCGCUGCCAAGCAUAGUACUACCACUGCUAAUAACCGCGAUAAACUACGAGGGAAAAUGGUUAUACAGCAAAGGAAGAAUAUCAGUAAUCUCUAA